UAAACAAUACGAGUUUUUAUUUAUCAUUAUCCCUGAAUCCUGUUAGAAAUUAGAAAAGUCUUCUACAGUGCAGCUGAAUAAUACUACAAAUAUCAUGGAUGACGUUUUAGAGGAAGUAUUUCUAAUUAAGGAAGAACCAAUUAAUCCUGAAUUAGCACCGAUUAAAGUUGUAACUUUUCCACUGACAACUAGUGAAGCAAUUGAUAGUCACCUAGAUCGUUUCUGUCGGUUUUGCUUACGUGAAUUACCUGGUUUGAUUCCUCUGAUGUCCCGUAUCCAAGACAUUCUGAUUACGGAUAUGAUUCGAACGCUAAUGGGACUCAGCAUCACACAGUUGCGUCUCGGUUCACUCAGACGGAUAUGCAACGAAUGUCUUGUGAAAUUAGAUUAUGCUUACAAUAUCAAGAAGGAAUUCGAGGAUACGGACAUGAUUUUGAAAAGUUUGGAACAAAUAAAUGAUGUUACUCUAGCAGAUAGUUUGCAAAAGUAUCAGAAGAAAAUCUGUCCUAACGUUACAAAUUGUAAAUCAAGAACGUCCUCUUUUACCGAUACUCAAAGUGAAUAUUUUAUCGAACAUUCUACGGAAGAGUUGAUAGAAGAAGAACGACUUGACGAUCUUCCCGAGGUUGGACAAAAACAAACAUCUCCAGAACAAGUUAAACCUUUAGAGAAAAAACGUAAAUGUCGUCGUUACAAUAUUGAAAUGAAGGAAACCAAGCUUGAUCCUAACAAGUGCUACAUCUGCUGUGAAGUUUUCGACUCACAACACAGUUUGAAUGUGCACCUCCCGGUGCACGUAGAUAUGAUUCCAUACUCUUGUCAACGAUGUAUCAACGAGAGUGGACAAAAAAAGGAUAUAAAGUCUCUCAUUUUGCUCCACCGUCACUUUAGAAUGCAUGCAGGUUCGAUCAAGUGUCCAAAGUGUCCUUUCCAAACCUGCACCGCCGUUGGUUUGUACAAUCAUGUACAACGUUAUCAUGGGGAAGAAACGAAUACCGAGUAUACUUGUGAAAUUUGUGGAAGUAAAAUGGUAAACAAAAGAAACUACGAAAGUCACAUACGGUACCACAAGGCGGUUGAUGAAGGCCGAUACACAUGCAAAUACUGCGACAAGAAGUUUGCCACAAAUGCCCGGCUGGUUCGUCAUGAGCGAAGUCACACAAAUGAAAAGCCAUUCCGGUGCAAAUACUGCGAAAAGAGCUUUAACAAUGAAACUUCUCAAAAUGCUCAUGAACGAACUCACACCGGUGAGCGAGGCUAUCGCUGUGACUGCUGCGGUAACUGUUAUCGUACAAGUAAUGCACUUAAAGAACAUUUAGGAUCGGCUCAUGCCGAGAGCACAGGCAGUAAACCUAGGAGUCAAAUGACCAAAUCUUUCUUUUUGGAUCCAGUUAAGUGUGAAGUCGAAGGCUGUGAUUUCAGUACCAUAAAUCGAGCUAAAUACUACAGUCAUAAAGGAAAGCACGAGCUGAAGUAUUGCUGUCAGAAUUGUUCAGAACGGUUUCCCACCAGACAGAGAUUACAGCAACACAUGUAUAAACAUACCGGUAUAAAACCGUACUGCUGUGAGUUGUGUGGCAAAGGAUUUCGGUUUAAGAAUAGUUUCAACGAACAUUUGGAUAAGCAUGGCAACGUACGAGCCUACUCGUGUGAAAUCUGCGGUAUGUCGUUUGUGCGCGAGCGUACACUGAAGGAACAUCGACUGAAACAUAAAGAGGGAAUGAACUACGAAUGUCGUGUCUGUGGAAAAAAGUUCAAAUACCGUGCGGAUCAAUCAAAGCACGAACGGACGCAUGCUGAUGGAGGACUGAAAGAGGAAAUUGUGCUGCUGAAUGAAACUCACGAGGACAUGGAUUUGAUCGAGGAAGAUACCGAAGGACUUCACUGAACCUGUUGUCAAUUAGCUAAUUUUAUGACUUGUAAUAGUGGAAGCAAAUUUUCUAGGAAUCUAGGGAUCAUUUUGUUUUUUAAAAUUAUGUGGCAGUUUUUUGUAUGUAGAUAUUGCUAAAUGCCAAUUAUUUUACGUUUAUUACAGUAAAAAGACAUGAGUUUUCCUUUCAAGGAAAUUAAAAUCCAAGCAGAAAAUUAGGCUGGCCUCUGAAUGAAUAUUAUGAUGUUAGACUGAAGGCAGAGUUUAAAUAUUUGUCUGAAAUUAACCAGUAGCUGUGGAUAUUUUUUUGCCUAAGAGUUUCGAGAAACAUUAUGCAUUUUUACAAACUAAGCUUCAAGUUCACAAAUUUAUCACGUUCUCCAAUCCGUGGAAUCUUUGCUAUCGUUAAAACACUAUUAAAAACCGUGGUCUUUCUGUGAGAUUUUGUGUUCGUAUAUCAUAAUCGAAAUCGCAAUACGCAAAUACGAAUGAAAUUCGAUCGGAAUUUCCGGACCGAAGUUUCCGAACCGAUCCGAGUCGGAAUCGGUUGUUGCACCUGAUUCGGAUUCCAUUUAUAAAUCAUACAGAUUUGUGAAUCAAAUUCCAGACGAGUUAAUUGGGUAGCGGCCGGUCAAUCCAAAGUAUUGCCAAUAGAUUUGGUAAUCUGUGUCCGAAUUUUUCAAAAAAUCGAGGGCUUAGAUCUUUAAAUAUUGUAACUAGAUAUCGAAACAUUUACUAUCAGGAGAGAAAGUAUUGUUGGAUUUAUGAACGGUUUUGAUAUUCUGACAAUAUUUUCGACAAUCCGAUGAAGUUUCCACUAUACGUUCAAAAGUAUUGUCAAUACACUUUGAAUUGAUAAUAAUAUUUUGUGUAAAGCGGCCUUUCGAAUGUGUACAUGAACCUGAAAGUGGUUUUACACGUGACAAUAUUAUUGUCAAUCCAAAGUAUUGUCAAUAACGUCAAUUCAAUUGCCUUGGUAGCUUGUGUCCGAAUUUUAUCAAAAAAUCUAGGGUUCACAUAUUAAACGGUUUCCUAUCAAGAGAGAACCCCGAAUAAAAAAUAUUGUAGAAAAACAAUACGAUUUGCUGUUACAAAACCUUCCACAAUUUUGCUUUGACCGUUGAAAAAUAUUUUAAUGUAUUGUUAUACACUAUUCAAAUAAUUGUGAACAUGCUUUUUACAAUAGAAUGUAUAGGUUUUUAAGUAUCAUAACAAUUCAAAUCAUAAAAUUUUCUCAUACAUGUUUUCUUGGAAAACAAUCAAAUGUACAGUUUCAAUAUUGUUUGAAACACCACGUGUACAAUAAAUUCAAUUGUAGAAUCGUCGAAACAGUAUAUUGAAUGGUUGGAAAUGAAAACUAACUUGUCAAGAUACAAUAAAAUGUAUUGUAACCAAUAGAUUUAAUUGUGAAUCAAUUGUUUAUGAUGUAAAAUCAAUGGUUUAUUUUUUAGGGCAAGUGUUGUUGGAUUGAUGAGCGGUUUUUUAUUUUUUAACAAUAUUUUCGUCAAUUCGAUGAAGUUUCCACUACACGAUCAAAAGUAUUGUCAAUACUCCUUGUAUUGACAAUAAUAUUGUCUCGUGUAAGGGUCGCUAAUAACAUUGUCUUGUGUAAUGCGGCCCUUAAGCAGCCCUUACACGUGACAAUAUUAUUGUCAAUCCAAAGUAUUGUCAAUACCGUCAAUCCAAUUGACUUGGUAACUUGAGUCCGCAUUUUUCGAGAAAAUCAAGCGUUUAGCUGCCCUUACACGAGACAAUAUUAUUGUCAAUACAAGGAGUAUUGACAAUACUUUUGAUCGUGUAGUGGAAACUUCAUUGGAUUGACGAAAAUAUUGUCAAGAAAUCAAAACUGCUCAUCAAUCCGACAAUACUUUCUCUACAGAGAGGAAACUGUCAAAUAUGUGCAAUGAACUCAUCUCUCAAUAUUUCAAUGUUCAUUUGCAAUAUUUGAAGCUCCAAACACUUGAUUUUCUCGAAAAAUGCGGACUCAAAUUACCAAGUCAAUUGGAUUGACGGUAUUGACAAUACUUUGGAUUGACAAUAAUAUUGUCACGUGUAAGGGCUGCUAUUACCCGCAUACGCAUGGCAGCCAGACGGCUGACUAAACGCUGCCAGCUGGAAAAAUAUAGCUGGCAGACAUUCUGGUGACCGACUUCCUCACCGCUGGCAGUUAUACAACUCAAACGAUACAACCGUAUCCACCAGGAUUUUUCCACAUUGAAAUCUUUGACAUUUUCAGCGAAGGUGAGAAGAUGAAAACGCUCGGCUAACUUAGAUACAGGCGACAUUGUUUUGUCAAAUAGGAUUUGACAACCGUCACUGAAUCAAUUUUGGUAGCCGUCUGGUGGCCAUGGCUGCCCAGGUAGCCAAAACGCUAUGCGGGUAGUUUCUCUUUCAAUCAAAGCUCAGUUUAGACCCACACGGACCGAAGGAUGCGGCCAACAUGGAUAUUCGCCAACGUCAUAUGGAAUCCAAUAUUCAAUUCACCUCGCCUGCUGAAAGCUGAAUUGUCGAGAAGUGAAUACCCUUGGCAUCUUAGAGCUUAAGCAGUGUGCCUUAAUAUUAUAUUAUAUUAUUGAAUAAAAAAAAAGCUCAGUUUAACAACUGUCAGUCUAUCUCUUGAAAUAACAAAAUACCUCGUUCAGUUGAAUAAGAGAGCAUGAGAGCGGCUUCCAAUUGAGGAUUAUGUAAACAUUCGAAUUGGUUCAAGAUAAUAGAUGAAAGCUAAACCAGUUAUGAUAGCUGAAAUAUCCAUUACAGCAUAAACAUAAACUCUUUGUUUCCUCUUUCAAUUUUCAUUUUAAAGACUGAAAAGUUAUCGAUUUAAACU